CAAAUUAUCCACUUUUUGUGGCAAUGCAAUAUCCUUCCCUUUCCCUUACUCCCUUUCACUUCUCUUCUUCACAAAAAUCUCCAUGGCCAGCACGCCCUCACCCUUCUCCCAAAAUUACCUUUUUACCCCUCCACACUCCUCCUCCACUACCCACCGUCGUGCUCCACCCUUCCGUCCUCCCACUUCAACAACCCGCCACGCAUUGUCCCUGAAUUACCAUUUUGCUCCUCCGAAGACCACACCCACAUGCCGGAAACUGACGUGUAAGGCGGCCGAAGUGUCGGUGGCGGAGGGGUCUUCGACGUCCGGAGACGGAGGAGACAACUGGGUUCCCGUUGUGCCGCUGGCGGCGCUGCCGAAGGGAGAGCGGCGCGUGAUUAUACAAGAUGGGGAGACUAUAUUGCUUUUGUGGUAUAAAGAUGAAGUCUUUGCGAUUGAAAAUAAGUCCCCUGCUGAAGGUGCUUAUACUGAAGGCUUGCUCAAUGCCAAACUCACCCAGGAGGGUUGUAUAGUUUGCCCUACAACUGAUAGCAUAUUUGAUCUUCGGACUGGAGACAUCAAGGAGUGGUAUCCAAAAAACCCUGUACUGAGAGUUCUUACACCUGCUUUAAGGACACUGUUUGUUUAUCCUGUAAAAACUGAUGAAGAAAAUAUUUACAUCAAUAUGAGAGGAGCUGUAAAAUCGGAUGCAGCUGCAGAGAUUGUUUUUAGUGGAAAAGCUCAACCCGGAGUAACUGCAACAGAUGUCAAUGUUGAUGAGGUGAGAAUGGUGGUUGAUGAAGAUUCAGAGGGGUUUGGCUUCACCCGAAAAAAUGAAUUGAUAAACGGGAAGGCUGCCGUAAUUGGCUUCCUUUUGUUGUUAGAUUUUGAACUCUUGACUGGUAAGGGCCUUCUCAAAGGAACUGGCUUCUUGGACUUUAUUUAUUCGGUUUCAAAUGCUUUAAAAUAGAUUUCAACAUUUUUCUUAAAAAAAUGAGAAGAAUUUGUCUCCAAAAAAAGAUAUUUUUAAAGAAUUUCUCUGAUUUGUUGGAAUAUAGUUUCUUUGUUUAGUCAUAACACAUUUUGAUGUAUAAUCUAGUGAACCUUCAAAUGUAUUCUCUUGCUGUUGUAUAUUGUUCGAAAAUUACAUCAAUUGAUGUUUAUUUAUGUUCCAAAUUCAGUAAGAUCAAUUAUAUGUACAACAAACUUGUAUUUUUGAAAAUUGAUGUAGACGCCGCCAAGGCUAAAAUUCACAAAUUUUAUAU